CAGAUAAGUGGAGGGUUGAUGUCAUUGUGAUGUGAACCUGAGGCUGAAGUCCAGUUGUGACUGGGCAGGAGACACAGUGAACUCUGAAUCUAAACUCAGCAGUCUGCUGGUGCUUUUCAUUCAGUCAGUGUAGACCAUACAGUAAGAGCGUGGGAAAAGAUUUGGGUUCAGAGAGUAACAUAUUUCUGUCACCUUAUACAGCUGGCUAUACUAAAGACGCAGUUGGUCUGACAGCAGAGGAAAGUGAAGGAUGCGGUGUGCGAGAUGCUGGCUGCCAGCAGUGGCUCUGCUGUUGCUCAGUGUGUCUGGAGUUGACAUGGAGCAUCUCCAAGCUGAGAACCUGAAUCUGAUUUCUCCAGAUGAGCAUAACUUGGUCCUGAACCGUGGGAUGAGAGUGUUGCCCAGAGACUGCCAUGAAAUGCUGAUGACAUCUUCAGGCCAGGCCAGAGACGGGGUGUACCUGAUCCAACCAGGUGACUCCCCUAUCGUGGCCUACUGUGCCAUGCAGGAGGGAGGCUGGACCGUGGUGCAGCAUAUCACCGUCAACAGCAGCGUGAAUUUCGAUCGUACCUGGGUGGAGUACAAGCAUGGCUUUGGGGAUGUAACUGGAGAUCACUGGCUUGGGAAUGAACACCUUCAUCAGCUCACCCGUGGCCCCGGGCGCUAUAAACUGGGAGUAAAACUAGUUGACCGAGACGCCAUCACCAAGAUGGGGGAGUAUGAUCCAUUCCUGGUGGAGAAUGAAUCAUUAGCAUACAGGCUGAGGCUGGGGUUGUUCCAGGGCACAGCUGUAGACGCUCUGACCCUGGACACAGAGAACUACCUCCACGACAACCAAAGAUUCACCACUAAAGACAGAGACAAUGACAACUACUUCCAAAAUUGUGCUAAGCUGGAGUUUCAGGGAGUGCCAGGAGGAGGUUGGUGGUACGACGCCUGUGCUGGUGCCAACCUCAAUCGCAGGAAUGUGAUCUACUGGCAAAAGGACUGCAACAAGGAGCGACUGUGCAAGUACGCAUGGAUGAUGGUGAGACCUUCAGACACAGUCAAACUGAUUCAAAGUGGAGACUGCAAGAAGGAUGAGCUAUAAGGACAUCAUUGUCAGGAUUUGUGAUGCUGGGUGACAAUGGGUUUGGCAGCUAUCGAGUGUCAAGAGGAGGUAGAGCAGGCUACAUGAGUGAUUUUCUUCUAAUAGACACUAAGCUGGACAUUAAAUUCACCACAUUUUAUUCAGAAAUGCCUGGACAUGAUCACGAAAUACUGAAAACAGCAAAAAAUGAAUCACAAACUUGGAACACAGUAUAAAAAUGCAGUACGGUUUUAGCUCUAGCUUUGUUUCCAUCAUACACCAUUAUUAAUACAUGAAGCAAAGCAUCUCCUUCAUUCCCCAAAUUGCAAGUGCAGAUUUCUGGUUUAUCACAGUUACAAAAAAGUGUUUCAUGACAUUAUAGCUUAUGACACAUGUAAAAUAUCGUUUGCAUGUCAUCUCGCAUCCAAUGCCUACAGAACAUUUCACAAACAGCUAUUUUUCCUUUUUUUCUUUUUUUUUUUUGCCACAGUACAUUACAAGUUUGCCAGAAAUACAAUGAAGAUAAGACAUUUUGAUUUAGCUACAGUAAUUCAGAGAAAACAAAUACUGUAUUUCAAAAAGAAAAUAUCCUGAGGAUAAGGAGUAAUAAACAGAUUAUAAUCAUCA